AUGACGACUAAACAUAUUGGGUACUCCAAUCCACGAAAUUUCAAAGAGAAGAUAGAACUUCUCAAAAUGAAAGAAGCGGCGUCUACAGCAAACUUUGCUGCUGCUAUGAGAGACGCCCAGGAGAUCUGCAAGAUUGCACAUGCCUACGACGGCCUUCCACUAUCACUUGAUCAUAACCAUUUAUCUGGAAGUGUCCCGAAUCGCUCGGGAAUCUUAAAAGCAUACUCCCUGUCUAAUAUUAGUAAUACUGACUAUCAGACGUUAAAGACUGGCGAUAACUCUAGUCAGGAAACCCCGUUCUUCCAAAAAGAUAUGCCGGUCGAUCGUAAAGAUAUACAUGGCUCCAGUGUAUCUAGUUCUAAUACCAGUGUAUAUCCAUCAGCAUCAAAUAUUCAUGAUGAACGAGUUGUUCAAAGACUACUACCUAGUAGUAAUGUACCAAUUAAAGAAACUAUUCCGGUUAAAUUAGAUGAAGAAUUAUCGCAAAAGUCUCAAAAUCCCAAUGUUUGUCCAUUUUUGUAUGAUUCAAUUGGUUCAAAAACUACCACAACAACAACUACAACACCUGAUACAUCUCAUCAUUUACAUGAACGAAAUACUUUUAUUCAUGAUACUGAUUAUGCAUCAUCUGAUAAUUACUUGUCAUCCUCUUGGUCUACUAUUCCACCUACACAACAUUCUGCUCCUAAAAGCUGUUUAGAUAAUUGGAAUAAUGAAUGUUCCAGUGUUGCAGUUGUUAGUCAACAUCAUAUUCAAAAGAAUUUUAAUUUAUUUACAAAUACUAAACCAUACUAUCAUAGGUUACAACCAAAAUCACAUAUUUCUACAAAUCCUUAUUUAUUUUCUACAUCACAUUCAAAUGUUGAAGUAGCAUCUACUACUAGUUUACUUACACAACAAUCAUCAUUAACGAAUUCAAGUCAAUAUACAUGUGAAUCAGGUUAUUUUAGUGCUGGUAUAUGUACACCAGUUGGAUUUCGAAGUUUUCCUCCUACAAAUUCUUUACAACAUCAAUUGAAAACACCAUUUUCUGCUAAUAUUACUGAACAGAUUAGACAAGCUCAAACACCAUAUUCAGUGGUUGAUUGGCGCAGGACUGCUUCUGAUUCAUCUAUCCACCAUACAUUAUCAGAUAUUCAAUUAAAUCCAAUUGAACAAUAUACAUAUGGUCCUGGGAAGACAGAAAAGUCACAUGUUUUAAGUCCUAGGUCUAUCAUGUCCAGUGAUCAUUACUUCAGGCCAGCAUGUAAACUGAGAGGAGUUGAAGAGGAAGAGACUUCAAAUAUUUUAACACCUAUGGAUGAUACAGAUACUAAGCGUGCUUGUAUUAUUCGACGUCAUCGUGAUACUCAUCUACUGGACAAUAGUCAUUUAGUUCAUACGGAACUACCAACAAAUGAAUCUCAUCUAAUGCCAGCAAAAAGACCCUAUACAUGUUCAACAGAGUCGCAGUCAUCAAACGGAUUUGACCCAGUUGCUUGUGAGAUGAAAAUGUGCACACCGCAUAUGGACAACAGUGGUAGUACUAUGGAAAAGAAAAACAUUGAUUCCACUGACGAUACAGCAUUGAAACAUCACAAAAGUUGGAAAAUUCGUUCUAGUGUUUAUAAUCCUCAUAGUUUAGAACAACCAAUGAAUAAAUCAAUUUAUCCAUGUGUAUCCAAUAAAAAUAAUAAUACAAUGACAACAAAUUCAAAGUAUUCCGAACUCAUUGAUCCAUCUUCUCUACUAUCAACCUCAUCAUCUCAUAGUUUUCAUUUCAAUCAAGAUCAUUAUUCCUUUGGUGGUACACAUCUACACAAUUUACCUUUACAGCAUGCAGAAUCACAUAGAGGUAAUCUGGUUAAUAUGUUGACUGCAAGUGGAGAAGUUGCUAGGAGUGGAACAGCUGGCUCAAGUGGUGUUGGCGUUUGUGGCAGUAGCGGUGGCAACAAUAGUAAUAUUCAAGACAGUACAACAACAGAUGAUUUAUUUCUUCGUAACACUAGUACUGGUAAUAAUGAUUUGGAUGAAUAUUUACAACUCCCUAAUUUAAUUUGUAAGGCGGAUGAGUCUACCAAUCAUUUUGCUGGACGACGUGACAGUUGUACCAUGACUGCAGAAAUACUUUCCACUUUGGCUAGUUUUCGAGAAGAAAUGGGAGAGUUUGGUGAUGGAAAAGUUCAUUCAGAUAUUGUUCCUGCUAGUUCCAAUUUUGGUCCCCAUUUCGUUCAUAUACCCAAUCGUACCGGUGUAUAUAAUACAAUGCAUAACGAUGAUACCAAUCCUAUUAAAAAUGUUGUCAAACAGAAAACUACUCAUAUACACAAUAGUAUGAUACCUUCUAACUCCUUAAUGCAUCCUACUACUGCUACUACUAUUACUAAUAGUAAUAGUACUACUACCACUACUGCUAUUACUACUAAUACUAACACUACUGCCACUACCACUACUACUAGUAGUAGUAGUAGUAGUAAUAUUUAUACAGUUGAUCGAUGUAGACUUCAAAGUGCUCAUUUUAUUCAAAGUCAUGGUGGGGAGAUUAACAACAAUGGAAUGUUAACAAAUUCUUCUACACCAACUAUUUAUUCUUCAUGUGUACAUCAUGUUGGUGAUAAAAUUGGCAUAUCUAUGUCACCAAAUGAUUAUCGCCUUUUAACUGAUCCUAGAUUAGUAAAUUAUGUAACUGAUAAAGAGACUGAAGCGAAACUAAUCAAUCAAUAAUUGUAAUAUUAUUAAUAAUGUUCUUUUUGUGAAUAAUAGUAAUCAUUCAUCACGUAUUUCAUUCAUAUUGUAUUACCCCGGUGUGUGUAUGUGCGUGCGUGUAUUGGCUUGUUUGUGUUUAUUUUUCAUUCAG